GACACAAGACAGUGGCGGAGGAACAUGGAGGCCUUGGGUCUGGUUCUGGUUCUGGGUCUGCUCUUGGGAUCUAGCUGCCUGGACUCAACUUCCAUCGCCACCGUUUUACAUUCAACUACUCAUGAACCACUGGAACGCUCUAGCACUGUCAAUAUCAGGAGAGGUUUUACUGGAACAGAAACCAACGAGCCCUUACCUAACACAAACACAACCACCAGACACAUCAGCACCUCCAGCAUCCAAAGUUCAACAGCUGAUGGAACGUCAGCAUAUGUAAAGAUCAAUAAACCUCCAGAUUUACAACCAACUGCUCCCUCUUCAGUCACACUACAGUCUGACUCAAACACUGACCAAACAAUCUCUUCCAGUUCAGCUGGGUUUAUCGUUAAUACAUCAGACGAGUCAGACAAGGUGUCAAUAAGAAGUGACACACUGCUAAGGACUAAAGCAGCAUCAAUACACCCUGAGGUGUUCAGCACGUCAUCAACCCUCAUUGGUAACCAAUACGAGUACACUGGAACCAGAGCCACAAGCCUGGUUUAUUCCAUUGAAAACACAAGUGGAAACAAAGACUUCAUGUGGGUUUCCUCUACAGACCCUUCACAUGUGAACAAAGGUGGAACCAAAAACUUGGAGAUUGCUUCCUCUGCAGGCCCCGCACAGAUUAACACAGGUGGAACCAGUGACUCUACAGUGCUCUUACAGAAGAACACAGAAGGAACCAAUGACUUCCAGAUGGCUACCUCUGCAUACCCCACACAGAUUAACACGGGCAGAACCAAUAAUUUCCAACUGGCUUCCUCAGCAGUCCCCUCACAGAAGAACACAGUUGGAAUCAAUGACUUCAUGCUGACUUCAUCUGCAGACCCCUCAGAUGUGAAAACAGGUGGUACCAAUGACUUCAUUCUGACUUCAUCUGCAGACCCCUCAGAUGUGAACACAAGUGGAACCAAUGACUUCAUGCUGACUUCAUCUGCAGACCCUUCAGAUGUGAACACAAGUGGAACCAAUGACUCCAUGCUCACUCCAUCUGCAGACCCCUCAGAUGUAAACACAGGUGGAACCAAUGACUCCAUGCUGACUCAAUCUGCAGACCCCUCACAUGUGAACACAGGUGGAACCAAUGACUUCAUGCCGACUCCAUCUGCAGACCCCUCAGAUGUGAACACAGGUGGAACCAAUGAUUUCCCGCUAGCUUCCUCUGCAGGUGUCUCACCUAUGAACCCAGGUGGAACCAGCGUCUUCAUCCUAAACUCAUCUGCUGCUGAAUUAACUACCAAUACAGCUACCGAUAUUUGGUCUGCUGUUCCUGAGUCAAACCUAGAUGCUCGAUCAAAGUUACAUGUAGGUACAGUCAGGGAGACUUAUUCAUCAACUUCAAUCACUGUAGGUCACACUCCAACAGCAAAACUGACAUCUGCACCCAUAAAUGAGCCCAAUCCAUCAUCUACUUCUCAAAGCCAGCUUGCAAAGUCCCAAACAGAGUCCUAUCCACCAUCUACCCCUCAAAGCCAGCUUAGAACAUCCCAACCUUCACCCGCAAGUACAGGCUCCACCCUUCACUCAGUGAUUCUGACAGAAAGAGGUUCAGUAACAGGUGCAGCUACUACACCUGUAACCACAUCCAGUGUCACAUCUGCUACCAGUCCUGCAAAUCCCACAUUUGUAGCCAAUCUUACAACACCUACAACGACCCAUGUGACUACAACACUAGCGGCUACAUCUGUAGACAUACCCUUAACAACUACCGUCUAUACAAAUACACCACCAUUGAAAGCAAGAAGCACCACCCCAACAACAACCAUGGCUCCACCAACUACAGCUAUGCCUCCAACCACCAAACCUGUCCAAACUUCAGCGGGGCCCCGGUGCUCUGCAGUUCUAACGGAGAUCAGCUCCAGCUCGACCUCUGCAGUCCUGCAGCUUUCCUCAGCUGCUCUGUCAUGUGACUUUAGCGUUGUCAUGGAUGAAGGCUCUGGGCAGGACACCGCCCACUGCAAACCAUAUGGGACCACCGGUAAAGUCUUCAUCUGCCUUGUCACAAAGCUGGAACCUGGUACUGUGUACCAGUUGACAGUACUCUCCAAGAAGGAUGGAGAGAGGAGCAACAUCUCACUGCGUACAGCCCCAGUUGGUCCAGCUCAUGUGGAGGUUCAGCUGGACUCGGCUCCGUCUCGGUAUAAAACCUCACCUGCAGUUCAGGGCGGUUCUUCCGACAUGUUGGUGUUUUGGUCUCACUCUGCCGGACACGUGGACUGGUAUGAUGUGAUUCUAGAGGACACGAUCUCUGGAUUGCUCAACAGUACCAGGAUCAUGGGCUCUGCUCCCCCCCAGUCUGGUUUCAGCUCCCUGAUUCCUGGGACUCUGUACAACAUCAGUGUGGUGGCUUCAGCCGGGAACAGGAGUGCUGCGCCGGUGCACACCACCGCAGUGACAGCGCCAUCUGCUGUAGACUUCCUGCAGGUGUUGUCGUCGUUCUCAGACAGCAUCAUCAUCUCCUGGCAGCCCGGUCCGGGACGGAUGGAAAACUUCAGAGUUCUGUUGACAGACCAAGAUGGGGUUCUGGUGAAGAACAUCACUCUGAAGAACGACACCACCUCUGCCAAGCUGGACGGCCUACAGCCGGGUACCCGGUACACCGUCACCAUGGUUACGGAGGCUCUAGGACUGCAGAGCAUCUCCUCCCUACAAGCUGUUACAGUCCCAGCGGCCGUGUGGGACCUGACCCUGGAGAAUGACGGCAGCUCAGACCGUCUGCGGGCCUCGUGGACCCCACCCGGGGGUGCUGUACACACGUACACGGUGACUCUGUCGGCUUCAGGCUCGGUUCUGAAGCGCAGCCUCCCUGCCAACGUCACGCAAGUGACUUUUGAGGGUCUGACCCCUGGACGCAGUUACGAGCUGUCAGUCAGCUCUGAGGCCGGAGGUCAGAGCUCAGAAACCAAGACCACGGGGAGGACAGUGCCUGGUCCAGCUCUGGAUUUCUCCAUGUCCAGUGACACCAGCGAGCUGCGCCUGAGCUGGUCGCCUCCCAGUGGUGACUGGGAAAGUUACAGUGUUAUACUGAGGAAUGCUUCAAUCGUCCUACUGAAUAAGACCGUCGGUAUGAUGAGCAGGCAGCUCGUCCUCUCCAUCUCCAGCCUUGGCCUGAGGCCUGGAAGCUUCUACGGUGCAGAACUCACGGUCCAUAGUGGCAUUCUGAGUAACACAGUGCACGGCAGCACCUGGAUAGCACCUCCCCCUGUGCGACAGCUGCUGAUCCGUCACACGGAUGAGACGUCUCUGAGUGUCCAGUGGAGUCAGCCCGUUGGACAAUGGGAUGGCUUCACCGUGCUCCUCACAGAAGGGGAAAUCUCCACCCCUGUUUCCCAGAGGACACUGGGUUGGACGGCCAGAGACUGCACCUUCAACAACCUCACCUCAGGACGUCGCUACACUGUUACCAUCACAACCAACAGCGGGAACCUGAGCACUUCUACAUCACUGACAGCAUGGACCACUCCAGCUCAGGUUGCGGAAUUGCAGGUUCACAACCUUGGCAGCACUGACAGCUUGCAGACACAGUGGGAACCGGUCCCUGGAGAUCUGGACCUGUACCAGGUCCUGCUGGUCCAUGAUGGCAGCAUUAUCAAGAAUGAGAGCGUGCCGAUAAGCACCAGCAACAUCAGCUUCCAGGGCCUGAGACCCGGAGCUUUGUACAAGGUGGUGGUCACCACCAUCAGAGCUGGACUCAGCUCCAGACAGACGGUGGCAGAGGGACGGACAGUGCCAGCUGCAGUCACUGAUGUAAGAAUCAGUAACAAUGGCCGUACAGACUUCCUCACCGUUUCCUGGCAACAGGCUGCGGGAGAGGUGGACCGGUACCUGGUGACCCUGAGUGACCGGGACAGAACAAUCCACACUUUAGCUGUCUCCAAGUCCAACCCCGGGUGUGUCUUUAAUUCGCUGGUCUCUGGACGUCUUUACAACAUCGUCAUCACCACUUGCAGUGGCCGCUACCAAAACAGCACCUUCAUUCAGGAGAGAACACAGCCUUCAAAGGUGGAAAGUCCCACCGCGACCAACGACGCUCAAGAUGACUCCCUAAAAGUUUACUGGCAUCAUGCUGCUGGAGACUUCGACUUGUACCAGGUGUACAUCAAACACAACAACACCUUCUUGCAGAACAAGACGGUCCAGAAAAUGCAAAGCGAGUGUGUUUUCAGAGGCCUGGUGCCCGGCCGGCUCUACACGGUGCUGGUGAACACCUGGAGUGGGAAAUACGAAACCAGCACGUCCACCCAUGGCAGGACUUUCCCGGCAGCGGUCUGCUCUCUGGCUCUGGCAGAACGGGGGACGGAGGACCUGCGGGUGACGUGGACCGCAGCUCCGGGGGACGUGGAUCACUACGAGGUGCAGCUGCUGUUCAGCGACAUGACAGUGUUUCCUCCCAUCACGCUGGGCAGUGGAGUGGGAGAGUGCGUCCUGUCGUCACUCACACCGGGACGUCUUUACAAGAUUCUGGUCUCCACUUUCAGCGGUCCUAACCAGAAGGCUCAGUACAUUGAAGGUCGCACAGUUCCCAGUAAAGUAAAGAACAUCCACAUCAGUAAUGGUGGGGGCAGCACGGCCCUGAAGGUGAGCUGGACUCCCGGACAAGGCGACGUAGAUCGGUAUUCAGUGUUUCUGUACAGAGCCAGCCGGCAGCUCAGCGUGAGAACCGUGUUCAAACACCAGAACGAGGUGACGUUUGACUCGCUGCAGCCCGGACAGCUGUACGACGUGACCAUUCAGUCUACGAGCGGAGAGCUGCUGAACAACAACUCAGUCACAGGACGCACAGUCCCGUUGUCAGUCACGGGGCUGCAGGUGGAACCCCUUCACAGAACCUGCAGCCUGCAGGUGAGCUGGCAGGAAGCGCUGGGUGUGGCAGACGGUUAUAUCCUGCAGCUUCUGGACGACAGAGGUGGCCUGGUCACAAACGGCUCAGAGCCCUUUGGACACACACACUACAAGUUUGAUGGACUUAUACCAGGCAAGAAGUACCGAGUCCUUGUACAGACCACCAGCGGGGGCGUCUACAGCCUGGGAGUCGCCACUGAAACCCGAACUCGCCCUGCGAUAGUCACUGACUUAUCCAUUCAAACCACCACCACCAGUCUGUCCUUCCACUGGUCUCCACCAGUAGGAGAGUUUGACUUUUAUGAAGUCUUUCUGUAUAAAUAUGACGACCUGCUGCAGGAGAAACGUCGUAUCCAGUCCAGCAGUCAACAGUGCUCCUUCCAGGGCCUCCGGCCCGGAUCACCGUACAGAAUGGUGAUUCUGAUCCACAGUGGAGACCAGACCAACGAGACGUCCACACCAGCCAGGACAGUUCCAGCUGCAGUGACAUUUCUGAAGGCUGAGAGUGGAAACCAGUCGGAUGCUCUGCGGGUGCAGUGGCACCGUGGCGGUGGUGAUGUGAGUGGAUACUCUCUGUCUCUCUACAACCCUGACGGAUCCCAGCAGGCCGAGCAUCGCCUCAGGUCCGAGGCCACAGAGUUCGUCUUCUCAGGUCUGGUGCCGGGCCGACAGUACCAAGCUGACGUCCUGAGUCUGAGCGGAGAACUCCACAACAAAGCCAGCACCACGGGCCGGACCGCUCCCAAACCUCCCACCUCCUUCCUGUUUGGGGGGGUCACCAACACCUCCCUGGAGAUCACCUGGAGUUGCCCCGUGGACUCCGACUACGACGACUUUGACCUGCAGUGGAGUCCUCAGGACAGGCUGUCCGUCAUCAACCCGUACCACAGCCCAGUAUCUGGCAGUCGCAUCUUAAAAGGGAUGUUCCCCGGACGACUGUACAGAUUCAGCCUCCGCACCAUCAGUGGGGCCACUCAGCCCAGGACCACAGCCACUUACAGUGCACCCAUCUACAACCACAUCCGCACCAAGCCAGAGAGAGUCCACAGCCUGCACUGUCGUCCCCAGAGUUCCACCUCCAUCUCCUGCUCCUGGGGGCCUCCAGAGGCCGACUACGACUCCUACACCAUUGAAUGUCUCCACCAGGACUCCCACAGCUUGGUCUAUUCACGCCGCACCGGUCGAGACUCCACCAGCUACAUCAUCACCCAGCUGGAGCCCCACAAACGCUACACCGUCUCUGUCAAGGUCAUCUCUGACGACACCACCAGCGACGAGGUGGUGGACAGCGUAGUCACCAUGAUCGACCGUCCUCCUCUGCCCUCCCUCAGUACUCGAGUCAGUGAAAAGUCUGUCAUGGUCACUAAGUCCUCCAUUUUGUUCCAGUUUAACUGCAGCUGGUUCAGCGACACCAACGGAGCCAUCAGGUUCUUCACUGUUGUGGUCACUGAGUCUGAAGGCGUUGAUGAUUUGCAGCCAGAACACCAACACCCUCUGGCCUCCUACCUGGACUAUCAAUCCAACAGCUCGGUUAAGUCGUACCAGACCAGCUUCCUGCCCAGCCUGUGCUCCGGGGGCCCCGACAGCAGCGCUCACGUCUUCAACAUCAGCCUGGGGACGGGGAUGGACUUGCUGGGAGGCUCCUGUGACCACGCACACUCGGAUCAGAACUCAGAACCCAACACAAACCUGAACCCCUUCUGUGAUGGACCACUGAAGCCCAAGACGGCCUACAGGUUAAGUGUCCGAGCGUUCACUCAGCUGUGUGACAAAGACACAAAAGACUCAACUGUCUCAUGUCCUUUGUUCACUGACACAUUCCUGUCACUGCCCAUCAUUACUGAGACCGAACCUCUGAAUGGUGUCAUUGAAGGCAUCAGUGCUGGAAUGUUCCUUGUUGUCAUGAUGAUCGUGAUCGUUGCUUUACUCAUCUACAGACACAGAGUUCACAAAGUGACGGACGAGAGGCCGGCGGUCAGGAUGAGUGUGAGGAGGGAGUGGGGCGCUGCAGGAGUCCAGCGCAGCGUCAGAGGCAGUAGAAGAAUCUCCAGUCCCAUCAAAACCUCAAACUUUGAGUGUCACUACAACAUACUGCAGGCUGAUUCCAACUAUCUCCUGUCAGAGGAGUAUGAGGACCUGAAGGAUGUUGGUCGUAAUCAGCCUCUGGACUCAGCUCUGCUGCCGGAGAACCGUGGAAAGAACCGAUACAACAACAUCUUGCCCUACGACUCGACCAGAGUGAAGCUGUCCUACGUGGAUGACGACCCCUGCUCCGACUACAUAAACGCCAGCUACAUCCCAGGCAAUAACUUCCGUCGGGAGUACAUUGCAACACAGGGUCCUCUACCGGGAACUAAGGAUGAUUUUUGGAAGAUGGUGUGGGAGCAGAAUGUACACAAUGUGGUGACGGUCACGCAAUGUGUGGAGAAAGGACGGGUGAAGUGUGAUCACUACUGGCCAUUGGACCAGGAUCCUCUGUAUUACGGGGACAUGAUUGUCCAGAUGCUGUCUGAGUCGGUUCUGCCUGAGUGGACAAUCAGAGAAUUCAGAAUCUGUAGUGAAGAGCAGCUGAGCUUCACCCGCCUGGUUCGACAGUUCCACUACACGGUGUGGCCGGAUCAUGGAGUCCCAGAGACCACUCACUCCCUCAUUCAGUUUGUCAGAACUGUCCGGGACUACGUCAACAGGACCCCUGGUUCCGGUCCCACUGUGGUCCACUGCAGUGCUGGUGUUGGACGCACAGGGACCUUCAUUGUUUUGGACCGAGUGCUGCAGCAGCUGGACACCAGAGACAUGGUAGACAUUUACGGCGCCGUCUUUGACCUGCGACUCCACCGAUCACACAUGGUGCAGACUGAGCGUCAGUAUUUAUACCUGCAUCAGUGUGUUCGUGACGUCCUGAGAGCCCAGAAGCUGCGCAGCGAGCAGGAGAACCUUCACCACCCCAUCCAAAGAAUGUGAACUAAAGCUGCCUGAGGGAGAUGCUGCCAUUGUACUGCCUGCUGAAGGACCACUGAGGUCUACAAAGAAAUACCACAAUUUAUUUUUUUAACAGUUCAUGUUUUGAUCUACAUAGAUUUUUCACACUGAGAAAUGUAAUGAUAAUUUAUGUAACGUGUACAGAAGUGUGUCUGUGGUUGUACUGUGUGUAUUCAGUGGCUCAGCUGUUCCAUUUGAUCAGUUCAGUCAUGAUGAAGCUGUUUUUAUUAACACUCAUAGAUAUAUUAGUAAACAGGUUUCCACUAAUUUGCUUCUUCCGAGGGGCAUAUUGUGAGGCAAGAUAAGUGGGUUAGUGUGGCCUUUUUUUGUGUGUGUGCACUUUUGGUGUGUUAUCACAUCCAAGAUCCAAUCUUGCCCAAAUGGCACUUAAAUUGUUGUCACGCAGAAGGAAUGAAUGCUGAUGUCUAACAAUCUCACCAAUGUGAAGUGCUUGAUGGAUUAUUAAUAAUGUCAGAUUGUCAAAUUCAAUAAUUCAACCAUCAUCUUCAGAGUUGUGUCCCUGUGAUGGACUGGUGACCUGUCCAGGGUGAACCCCUGCCUUUCCCUAGAAUGAGCUGAGACCGGCUCCAGGAGACUGUGGGCUCGUAUAGGAUUGGGCAGGUAUAGAAAAUUGAUGAUUUUUUAAUAUAUUUUUUUGUACUUUUAAGUGAAAUUGUGAUAAAAUAUGACAUAUUCCCCUUUUUAUGUAAACAGUCAGAGGCUACAUCUACAUUAGUCUGCAGUUGUUCCAGAAACAUAUUUCAGCUCUGUUGAAAAACUCCAUCCACACUACACCAACGUAAACUAAUAUCAUACAUGCAAGCAUGAGUAAACCCAAGCUAAAAACUGACAUUUGCUGCAGAUUGAUCUGAUAAUGUCAUUCCUCUUGAGCAGGGGUCCAAAAAAGACAAAUAUUCUUAUUAAGAUUUUGAGUUUUUGCAGUGUGGUGACGUUUCUGUCUCAUAAUGUGACGUUCUGAAGCCUAAAUGUCCGUUUCCCUCAGUUUACAAGCAAACAUGAAGACGGAGUUUUUGCAAAUCUCCACUUUGGCCGGAGUUUUCAGAAAUGAUCGUUUUUGGUGACUUUGAGCUUCGUUUUCGUGUAAAUGAACGGCCAAAAUGCAUGAAAACACCACUGUUUUUGCUACGUGUAAACGGGGCCUAAGAGGAUGGGGUGGGCGGGGACUUAUAGAUAGAUCAUCUGAUUAUGGCUUUCAUGUUUCCAUUGCCAGUUCUUAUGGAGAAAGUUUGGCUGUGUUGGACUUUCUUUUUAGUAUACCCCUCAGGACUGAAGCAUGUAAUAGCUUUAAUCAAUACUCAACCUGUUUAUGUUUAUGUGUUGGUUCAGAUUGUAUCAGGCUGUUCCCUUCAUGCAUGUAUAAUGUACAUAAAAUGUUUUUACCACAAAAAAUGAAUUGUACCUUUGCCUGUCCCUGUCUGUGACCAGCUCAUUAAACAUGCAACACAUUUUCA